GCCUUGCUCUGCAGGGAGGAGGUCUGCAGGCUCCAGUUUAGUUAAGUACAUGCAAACCCCGCCCGUAGCCCCUGCACUUAUCAUCAGAUCUCAUAUAAUUGUUGGUAAAGACUCUGCGAGUCUGCACAGGUCAGUUCCCUCCGACCUCCGCGGCUGAAAGUCGGAGUCAGUCCUCCGCCCCCCAGCAGUCGGAAGGUUACGGCCUCGGGAGACCUGGAGGCGGUGGCCGCGGCCCAGGAAGGAGCAGCGGCGGCGCCGGGAAAGAAGCAGGAAGAGAAGACCGUCCUCUCUUAGGAAUCCAGCACUGGAGAAACGAGGAAAAUUCUCCCAAGGAUGGUUUCCCAUUCAGAGUUGAGGAAACUCUUCUGUUCUGCGGAUGCAGUGUGCUUUGAUGUUGAUAGCACGGUCAUCAGAGAAGAAGGAAUUGAUGAGCUGGCCAAGUUCUGUGGAGUUGAGGAUGCUGUGUCAGAAAUGACACGGCGAGCCAUGGGCGGAGCCGUGCCUUUCAAGGCUGCCCUCACAGAGCGCCUGGCCCUGAUCCAGCCCUCCAGGGAGCAGGUGCAGAGGCUCAUAGCGGAGCAUCCCCCACACCUGACCCCGGGCAUAAGGGAGCUGGUAAGUCGCCUACAGGAGCGGAAUGUUCAGGUCUUCCUGAUCUCCGGCGGCUUCAGGAGCAUCGUAGAGCACGUGGCUUCAAAGCUCAACAUCCCGUCGACCAACGUGUUUGCCAACAGGCUGAAAUUCUACUUUAACGGUGAAUAUGCAGGUUUUGAUGAGACGCAGCCAACCGCUGAAUCCGGUGGGAAAGGAAAAGUUAUUAAAUUUUUAAAGGAAAAAUUUCAUUUUAAGAAAAUAGUCAUGAUUGGAGAUGGAGCCACCGACAUGGAAGCCUGUCCUCCUGCUGAUGUUUUCAUUGGAUUUGGAGGGAAUGUGAUCAGGCAACAAGUAAAGGACAACGCGGAAUGGUACAUCACUGAUUUCGUAGAGCUUCUGGGAGAACUGGAAGAAUAAGAUCAACUUUGAUACAGUUCAUAACAACUUCAGGUUAAUUUUUUAAAAUGAUACAGUUUGGUACUAUUUGCUUACAAUUGCCUAUUACAAUCUAAAAUAUAAAUUUUGUACUGAUUAUCCGUACUGCCAAGUCAAUUCCUAUUAAGACUCCUAGAAAAUUGAUUAUUUUUAAAGCUGUAGUUCCAGUAGCAUUAUGACCCAUUUAAUUACCUGGAGAGUUUUAUAAUCUGAAUUCAUUAUGUAUUUUCCUAGUUAUAUUCCAUUUGAAGCCAUAAGGUGGAUAGGAAUUUAAAUACCUUCACUAUUGGAAAUAGGGAUUUGGCAGCUUUAAGUGAAAUUGGUUUUCCAUUUAUAUAUAUGAAUAAAAGUUUAUCUACACAUGAGAA